AUGAAUCGGUCGACACCAACUGUCCUUUAUAUUAACAUCUCCUCUCUCAGUGUUAGGUCAGAACUCGCACGAGCACACCAGAAACCAAUAACCACCAUCGUCGGAUUAUUCACUCACCAUCAUCCUCCUUCUCUCACUGAAAACUUCUCCUUCCCAACUCAAAAAAUCAUCAAAUCGAGCAGGUUUCAAUUUGUGUGCAAUAUACUUGAUUGGAUAUCAGAAUUAUGGAUGUAA